AUGGAGAGACGGAGUACAAACACCUCUUUGCGGGUCCCUUUCAACCCGCACGACCUGCUGGGGCGGGACGGGCGAGGGGAUUUCUGCUUGGUGCCCGACCACGAGGUCCUCGCCCUCUACUUUCACGACGAGACCACGGCGAAGGAGAACGACGACGGCAGCAACCAGUGGGUGUCGGUGUUGAAGGGCGCCGCCAUCAAGAAGAAGGGGGAAGGACGCGCCGCGCACAUCUCUGACAUCAUUGGGGUGGAUAGAGGGGUCGCAGCGAUAGGGAAGGAGGCCUGGGGCAUGAUGCAGGAAGACAUGAACGUGGUCGAAGAUAAGGAGAACCCGGUUGAGGUCGCGCGGCCGGCUCCCAAGGACGGGGAGGCGCCGACGCAUCGGGUGUUUCCCGGACGCUACGAGCGUUCCGGGAUCUACUUCGGCAGGAAAGAGGGCGAGGGGAAGGACGGCCAUGCCGUGAAGCUCGUGCAGGAUGCCGUCGAGCUGCUGAAAGGGAUUCCCGGCGCCUGCCAGGUGAAGAAAACGAAGAACGAUUCUUCCACGGCGGCGGUCAUCAUGACUGUAGGGCAAUACCAAGACGGGUACUGGAACUGCGCACGGAUGUUGGAGCAAAUUCCGGGGCUCAUCGCCAUCCACGAGCUGACAAGCGAGCCACACCGGCAGCUGGUCAUGGUCUUCGACAACUCUACCGGGCACUCGGCGUUCGGCGCCGGCGCAUUGGUGGGUGAGCACGUUGCCCUGAGGCCAGGGGGAGCGCAGGGCGCUCUUCGCAAUUUCGAGGACGACGAGGGGAACCCCGUGCAUACCACUUUCAGGGUCGGCGACAAGCUCCGGUUUACCACGAACGUGUUUGCCCCGAAAACGGAGGAGGAGCUCGAGGCGGAAAAGAAAGCGGCAGAGGAGGCGGAGGAGAAGGGGUUGCCGGUGAAGAAAUCCAAGAAGAACGGCAAGAACCUCGGGAAGUUCAAGAAGGGCGACGAGGUCAAGGCGACUGGCCCCACCGCCGUUCUCAUCGGCC